AUGGGUCGUCUUGAAGGCAAGAACUGCAUCAUCACUGGAGGCGCUGGCGGUAUCGGUCUCGAGACUGCCAUCCUUUUUGCUCGGGAAGGCGCCAAUGUCCUCCUCUCUGAUAUUUCCGGUCCAGCCUUGGAAAAGGCUUCGGCCAAGCUGAAAGAGAUAGUCCCGGAGGCCAAGAAGGUCGAGACGAAGAUUACCGAUGUUUCCAAGGAGGCCGAUGUACAGGCUAUGGUUGAGCACGUGGACUCAUGGGGUGGUCUGGAUGUACUGUUCAACAACGCAGGCAUUAUGCACUCAGACGACGAUGACGCUGUCAACACACCCGAGAAGAUCUGGGACCUGACACAAGCCAUCAACGUCAAGGGUGUAUGGUUCGGCUGCAAGCACGCAGUCAACAGUUUCAGGAAGAACGGCAAGAAGAAGACCAGUGUCAUCAACACCGCCAGCGUUGUCGCAUUGGUCGGUAGUGCAACACCCCAGCUCGCAUACACCGCCAGCAAGGGUGCUGUACUGGCCAUGACACGUGAGCUGGCUAUGGUUCACGCACGUGAGGGCUUCAGAUUCAACGCGCUAUGCCCAGCACCGUUGAACACACCACUCCUGCAAGACUGGCUUGGUGACGACCAGGCUAAGCGUCACCGUCGCGAAGUCCACUUCCCCACCGGUCGCUUUGGUGAGGCCAUCGAGCAGGCGCAGGGUGUCCUCUUCCUUGCCAGCGAUGAGAGCAGCUUCGUCAACGGCACCGAUUUCGUCAUCGAUGGUGGCAUGACCAGGUGUUACACCACGCCUGACGGACCACCUACCGAGGCGCCCAAGAACAACGCAAAUCAAACACCUACUCUUGCUGCUGAUCAUGUCACCGUCAUCGGCAACAUGGACCGCAUUACCGCACGCGCUGACAACGAUUUCAACGUCUCCUUGUAUGGCGCGCUCUGGAUAGCUGCGCUCUCCUUUAUCUGGAUCACUUGUCGUGCUGAUCCAGAGGAGCCUGUCAAGUAUGAAGUCGAUACACCUGAGCAGGCACGCAAAGGAUGGAAGGGCCAGGUGCUUGAGAAGCCGCAGUUGAAGGUACCGGGCUCUUCCCUGAUCCAAUGCUACGCUCCCGCGACUGGUGAAGCCCUCGGGCGCAUCAACCCCUCCACAGCCGACGGCAUCGACCGCGCAAUCGCCAAAGCCAAGGCAGCCCAGGUACAAUGGGCUCAGACAAGCUUCCUCAGGCGGCGAAAGGUGCUGCGCACUAUGCUCAAGUUCAUCCUAGAGAACCAAGAGGAGAUUGCGCGAGUCGCAUGUCUGGACUCUGGCAAAACCAUGGUAGACGCGAGUCUGGGCGAGAUCCUGGUGACGGUGGAGAAGCUGAGGUGGACGAUCAAACACGGCGAAAGGAGUUUGAAGGCUGAGAAGAGGGAUACAAACUUCCUCAUGAUGUACAAGUGGAAUGAGGUUGUUUAUGAGCCGCUGGGCGUCGUUGCGGCUUGCGUGAGCUGGAACUACCCAUUCCACAAUCUCAUAAGCCCCGUAAUAGCCUCCAUCUUCGCCGGCAACGCCAUCAUAGUCAAAGGCUCGGAAGCAACUGCCUGGUCUUCGUCAUACUUCGCUUCGAUUGCUACCCGCGCCCUCGAAGCCUGCGGUCAUUCGCCGGAUAUCGUCCAGUCUGUCGUCUGCUGGCCUGACGUCGCCGAUCACCUUACGUCACACCCGUCGAUAUCACACAUAACAUUCAUCGGAUCGCGACCAGUAGCACACCAUGUCUGCGCAUCGGCGGCGAAGGCAUUGACACCAGUGUGCGUGGAGUUGGGCGGCAAAGACCCGGCGAUAGUACUGGAUGACCUAUCCAACAGCGACUUCAAGCGCGUUGCCAGUAUCCUCAUGAGGGGCACAUUCCAGUCUGCAGGUCAGAACUGCAUCGGCAUCGAGCGCGUAAUCGCCCUACCCAAAGUCUACGACCGCUUCAUCGAGUACCUCACACCCAAGAUCCAGGCACUCCGCCCAGGCUCCAUUCUCAACAAUACCUCAGACACACCCAUCGACAUCGGCGCAUCGAUUUCCGACGCGAGUUACACGAAGCUCGAGGAGCUCAUCCAAGAUGCCGUCAACAACGGCGCCCGCCUACUAGCAGGUGGAAAACGCUACACCCACCCCGACCACCCGCAAGGCCACUACUUCACACCCACCUUCAUCGCCGACGUAACCCCAACCAUGAAGAUCGCACAAACCGAACUCUUCGCCCCCGUCUUCCUCCUCAUGCGCGCCGAAUCCGUCACAGACGCCAUCACAAUCGCCAACAGCACCACCUACGCCCUCGGCUCCUCCGUCUUCGGCACCUCGACCCGCGACCUCGAACUCGUCGUCCGCUCCCUACAGGCCGGCAUGGUUGCCGUCAACGACUUUGCGGUCUACUAUAUGGUUCAAAUGCCGUUUGGCGGUACAAAGGGUAGUGGCUAUGGGCGCUUUGCGGGUAAAGAGGGAUUGAGGAGUUUGUGUAAUCAGAAGAGUAUUACGAGGGAUCGGUGGGCUUGGGCGGGGAUUAAGACGGCGAUUCCGCCGCCUAUGGAUAUUCCGCUCAGGAAAGAGGGGGCGGGAGAGAAGGCGUGGAAGAUGGCGGAGGGGAUUGUUUGGUUGGGGUAUGGGGAUUUGAGGGGGAAGGUUAGGGGGUUGAGGGGUGUGUUGGGGGUGUAG